CGCCCCCAGGGAGAAAACAAAAGUGUCUCCGCGGCGCCCAGAGUCCACCCGCGCAAGACGCCUCCUCCUUGCCCCAGCUCCCUCCCCGGCUGCGCUGAGGUCAGCGAGUCAGGGCGCCGCGCCAGCCCAGGAAACUUUACGAACCUGCCCGGGGUCGCAGGACGGCGGCGGCGGCGGCGAGGGUUCCCAGCAAUCAGAGCUCUGGCGACCCCGCGACCACUGAAGGGGGACCGGAGGGUCUGUCGCCCAACUCGGGGCCCCGGCGGUGUGAGUGGCUCUGCCUCUAUCCCUUGCCCAUCCUCGCCGGUUCGCGCUCGCCAGAGCACACGCACUUACACUCCGGGUCGGCCGGCUGCUGCGCCGCCGGCGGCCGCUGCUCUCACUUCCUCUUCCUUCCUCCUGCUGGCCAGAGACACAUUUUGCAUCUGCAAGGCAUCCCGAGAUUAGCCGCGAAAUCUCCUCCCGAGCGGACGCUGCGGAGUGGCCGCCGUCGCCCCCCGCACCUGCGCCCGGACACGCGUGGUUGGCGCGUUCGCCUCCAGCCGGCGCCCUGACGCCGGCCCACUGCACUUUGCCUGGGGGAUGGGGGUGCCCACGACUUUUUGAAGUCCCCCUACUUAAAAAGAAGAAAAUGUCAAACACCGUGUACGCCUCAGUUCUGCUAUAAAUAAUAUGUGUGCAGAGCAUGACUUCUCGAAUGAGCUCACACGCGGCGUUUUGCAGGCACUAACUCCGUCACCCUCAUAGCGCCACCUCCGGGAGGCCGAGAGUACGCGGUAUCUUUUUAUAAGCCUUCAAUUUGGGCAACUGGUUUGGAAUUUUGAGGACAAACUUCGGUGGGCUGUUUUAAAGCUACCUGAAGAGGCUGAUGUGUUUGUUUUGACGUUCUGCCUCGACCCUUGGACGGCGCGACAAAAGUAACAAGAGAACGUUUCCUCCUCCUCAGUCACCUGUGCAUUUACCGACCAAAGGAUUUAUUUCUCAUCAGUUAAGCCAGGGACUCCCUAAUUUUGCAUAACUUUGCAUAAAGCAAAACGUUCUACCCCCAAUUUGGUAUUUAGGGUACAUUAUUUGAUUCAUACAACCUACUUCAGUCCUUUUCAAAGCAGAAAUCAAACACGUUAACUCCGAGUAGCUGCCAGGAGGGAAAUGACAGUUGUUGGAAGGUUGCAGGAGAAACACCUGUCCUCUCCGAAUUCAGAAAUAUCUACGCUGGCUCUACCAGAAAAGGCAAAGGCAGUUGCUAUACAUUCCCUGCAAAAUGACAAAGGAGACUCAACUCAUGUCGCUAAUCUUCCAUUGUCUUUGCUCCAGUGUCUCUCCCUACAACCCAGGCCCUGUGAGUGCAUGCAGACCGUGGAAGUGCCCAAGCAGCCUUGUCAUUAAAAAAGAAUCAGAUUUGGAAUUCAGACAGAUGGCCUAACUCUGCACAUUUCCCUGAGAAAUCUGGCUUUUUCAGAAGCUGGCCCUUCUAGGUAAAUAGCUGAAAAAAUGAUGAGCAGAACUUAUUCAUCCUUGAAUCAGAUAUGAACACAGUAUAAUUUCACAUUUACCUGAUGGAACUACUUUUCUACAGAGAAAAAUAAAAGGUGACUCCUGAAGUAUGGCUGACCACAAUAGUUCCUCCUGCAAUAACCCUAUAAGGUCACCCCAUUUAACCAGGCUCUACUUCAUAGUGCUCUUUGGAGGGCUGGUGGGCAUCAUCUCCAUUUUGUUCCUGCUGGUGAAAAUGAACACCCGGUCUGUGACCACCACAGCAGUCAUUAACCUGGUGGUGGUCCACAGUGUUUUUCUCCUGACAGUGCCUUUUCGCCUGACCUACCUCAUUGAGCACACUUGGACAUUUGGGUUGCCCUUCUGCAAAUUUGUGAGCGCCAUGCUGCACAUCCACAUGUACCUCACAUUCCUGUUCUACGUUGUGAUCCUAGCCAUCAGGUACCUCAUCUUCUUCAAGCACAAGGACAAAGUGGAAUUCUACAGAAAACUGCAUGCUGUGGCUGCCAGUACUGCCCUGUGGCUACUUGUGAUUAUCAUUGUGGUGCCCCUGGUUGUUUCUCAGUAUGGAAUUCAUGAGGGUUAUGACAAAUACCACUGUUUUAAAUUCCAGAAAGAACUUGUUUAUGCAUAUGUGCAAGUCAUCAACUAUUUGAUAACCAUUAUCGUCAUAGUUAUUGCAGUGAUUCUCUUGGUCCUCCAGAGCAUCAUCAUUGUGUUGAUGGUGCGGAAGCUACACCACUCCUUACUAUCCCAUCAGGAGUUCUGGGCCCAGUUGAAAAACCUGCUUUUUAUAGGCGUCAUUCUUAUUUGCUUCCUUCCCUACCAGUUCUUUAGGAUCUAUUACUUGUACACUGUGGCACAUUCAAGUGACUGUAAUGACAAUGUUGCAUUUUAUAAUGAAAUCUUCUUGAGUGUAACAGCGAUUAGCUGCUUUGAUUUGCUGCUCUUUGUUCUUGGGGGAAGCCGUUGGUUUAAGCAAAAGAUAAUUGACCUAUGGAAUUGCCUUUUGUGCCGUUAACCACAAAGUACAGUAUUCAGAAUUACUUCCUUAAUAUUGAGAGUGGAAACAGGAAUAGUUAUUUCAUUACUUGAUUAAAACCAUGCCUUAAUACAGCCAAAUAAAAGGACUAUAAAAUGUCAGAGCCUUCAUUUCAGCCCUUAUUUAAUUCCUACCAUCUCUGAAUGAUACAUAUACAAAGACUAGUAAUGUUCAAUUUACCUGGUGUUGCAAUACUGCAUUAUUUUCCAAUAUAAAAUAUCUACUUGGCCCAUCCAGGUACCAUGGUCUAAUGGUUUCUGAGUUUUACUAGCUUAUUUUAGUUUCCUCAGUUUGAAACAUGGUCUUUUCUUAGGCUUUGGAUUGGACUCAGCCCUCUAGUUCUUUUCAUUCCACUUAACCUUAGGUAAAUUAAUCCUGAUCAUGGUCAUUUCAAAGACACAAACUCUAUUUGGCUAACCAGAUGAGAUGACUAUUCAACUCACACCCUCACAAAAAACAGAUAAGGGGAGAGAGUAGUAAAAAACUUUUUUAGAUUACCAUAACUUUGGUGGGAAGUCACUUAUCUAGACAUCAAGAGAAACAGAUCUCUUUGUGGCCUUCUGCUAUAAUAAUUUUCUAGAUUUGUCCUUUGAAAGGUCUGGUUUAAGGACAUGGGAUCAACUCCCUCAAUAUCUCCAAAAAUCAUUUAAAAGCUUACUGAGUAUAUCUAAAAAAUGGUGAAACUGUAACUUAGACAAUAUUCCUGACCAAUAUGCUGCUAGGCAUUAAAAUGAGUUCCCAAGGGAAGUGAUUUAAUUUUCCCCCUUUCUGUUUUUUGGAGGAUUUCUAGAUAUCCUGGGCCACAAUUUAGAUUUCCCUUGCAGACAAAGUUAUACUGAAAUCUUAGAGUUCCCUCUCACCCUUAAAGUUGUGUCUUCAAUUAAUUAAAAACAAUAUUGUAAAAAAAAAAAGAACUCUUGAGAAAUAUAUGGGAAAACCAUUAAUUUAGGCUAUGAGAUGGGGCUGCUAAAUUGAAACACAGGCUUAUGGAUUUUUUUGCCUUGUGCCCAUAUUUCUACUAUUUCCCUCAAAGUUUCACAAUCUUGAAACUUUCCAAAGAACUGAUCCAGUUUCAUAUUUGAGCCUUCAGAACCUGAAGCAAUUCAUGGUAGGAAGAGAAGAACGGAAUGAAUUAAGGUAACUUUUUUCUUUCCCCAGCAAGAUAAAUGUUCAGGAUUGAAAGAUUUUUCUUUAUUUGUUAUACUCUAUGCAUCCACAAAUUUAUCAGAUGAAUAAGAAAUACCCCUGGAGGUUUUAUGAUCACUAAAAUUGCUGAGUCAUAUAAAUUAAUUUUGAGGAAGAAAAAGCAACAACAUACAUACAUGACUUAUCCAAAUUUUUUCCUGCUUUAAACUUUCACUUAUUCAUCUUUCUUUCUUUUUAAGUUAUAGUUAUAGUUUUUAAAUUUCUUAUUUGUCUUCUUUUCCCACCUUUUCUUAGUUUUUUCCUUCUCAUUUGACCCAUAAUAUUUGUAAGAAAAUUUCUAAGACCCAAAAAAGUUGUGAGAAAAUUUGUUACACCCAUAAAAUGUGUAAGAAAAUAAUUAUAGUAAAAUAUUUUAAAAAUUUAAAAAUUAUUUAUGAAAAUUACAUCAUUUCUCUUCUUAUAUAUCCAUAUCUUACUGUCAUAAUAUCUGUUAGCUUGUAGAUUGUAUUGCUCUUCCAGACUUUAAAUUAUGUUGAGGUCUGGCAAUUAUGCUUUUCUCUGUAUUAUCAGAUAUUAUAAUAAAGGGCCUAUUUUUGUGGACCUAUAAGAAAUACUAUCCCAAAUAUAGAAAUGCAAUAUAUAAAAUAUCUUAUUCAUUAAUAUUUACAGAAUAAACAAAAAAUUUCAA